UGGAGACAGACAUGGAGACCUUCCAGAUGGAGAUUGAUAAGGAGAGCAAGAAGUGCAUGUUUAGGACCAACGGCGGUAACUACUGGACACUGGUCUCCCACGGAGGGAUCCAGUCCACAGCCACGGAGGUGGAGGCCAACACAAUGUUUGACAUUGAAUGGCUCGGUCGCAGUGUAGCACUGAAGGCAAGCAAUGGGAAGUACGUGUGCACCAAAAAGAAUGGGCAGCUUUCAGCCGUCAGCGAUUCCGUAGGUGAUGAUGAGCUCUUCCUGAUGAAGCUCAUUAAUCGGCCCAUGUUGAUCCUGCGAGGGGAGAACGGUUUUGUGUGUCAUCACAAGAGCUCCAACACGCUGGAUGCCAACCGAUCCGUCUAUGACAUCUUCUUACUGCUUUUCAGCGAUGGCGCCUACCACAUAAAAAGCGUAGGUGGAAAGUUCUGGUAUGUCUCCAGCAGCGGCCUGGUGUGCUCAGACGGAGACAAGCCUGAGGACUUCUUCCUGGAGUUCCUGGAGCACGGGCGGGUGGGCAUCAAGGGCAAGAACGGCAAGUACCUGCGCGGGGACAGCGGCACGCUGAAGGGCGACGCUGCUACCGUGGACCCCUCCUGUCUCUGGGAGUACUAACCUGGCGCGACCUCCUGACGACCCCUGAAGCCCGUGGAGGGGUGGAGGGAGAAGGAGAGGGGGAGGACCUGGUUCCCACCUGGGUUCACAGCUCAACCAACAACGAUACUUUACACAGACUGACUGGGGAACAUUUUCACUACUCUCUUUUCUACUUUAGCGGCAAAGGAGAGGCCGUUCCCACUUCUUUGUUUUGUUUUGGCAAAAAGUGAAAAUGUGUAGAAAGUUUCUUUGUGUUUAUAUUAUUAUAUUUGAUUUGUUUUCCAAAAAAAGCAUUGGUUACCUAAAUAUAGUUUUUUUCCCAAGUGACAUUGCCAACAUCAACAACAGCGAAUACUUAAUCAAAUCUGCUAAUUUUGGUCACUCACACAGCCUAUAAAAAAACAUCAGAUUCUGUAUAGCGGUCCUUAAAUUAUUAUCUGGAUGCCUGAAUAAAGGCAGCUGUUCACAUCAA